AUGGCAUCAAAAGAAUCAUGGGAUGAUUGGAUUUCUCGUGCCAAAAUAGAGCAGAAAAUCUUCGGUCGUACUUGUACAAUUUAUAAUCAACCAGCACAGACUGCUCCGGGUGAUGAGAAUAAGAAAUGUUCUUGUGGUCGCUUAGUCCGAAGCCAUAGUUUUGAUAGUAAAUACUUAUCACUAAAGGUAAACCGUAACAAUAAUGAGACAUCAGAUCUUAAUAUUGUUCCUGUGACUAUAUACGGAACAUUAAAAUCCACUGGGUCUAUUGGUUGUAAAUAUAUUCGAAUUAAUAAUCAGUCACAUAUGAAGCAUAUCUAUGAGUUGUUGGUUAAUGAUUGUGGAGAUACAAAACCAGCUCUCAUUUUAAGUAUUUAUGGUGGGGCUAAAUAUUUCACUAUGACUGAAAAACUGGAAAAAGAAAUUAUACGUGGUAUAAUUGAUGCUGCAGCAACGUCUAGUGCUUGGAUUCUAACUACUGGUAUUAAUAAUGGUGUAUCAAAAUUAAUUGGCGAAGGAAUAUCUCAUUAUCGUUUAUUGAAAGCUUAUCCAAAUAAAAUUAUUUGUAUUGGACUAACAAAAUGGGGAACAAUCAAUGAAAGUACACGUUUUGAAUUAAAACAUACAACUAAUGGCUAUUCACCAACGCUAUGUCGUUGGCAAAUUUCUGAUGAUGAUGCCGAUACUGACGUAACCAUCGAGAAGAAUCAUACGCAUUGUAUUCUGUUUGACGAUGGUAGACUAAGUGGUUAUCUAAGUGAUGGACAACGAGAUGCUUUAGUUAAAGAAGCAUGUGAAGAUAAAGAACAUAAAUGUUAUGGUGUAACAAUUAUUGUUGAAGGUGGUAAGAAUACUAUUGAAGUUCUUCAACAUGAUAUAAAAGCAAAUCGACCAAUUGUAUUUAUUGAAGAUAGUGGCCGCUUAGCAGAUGUAUUUGCUUCUUUAAUCAAUCAAACAGCUGAUGCAAAGACUGAUGAACAAUUUAUUCCAUCAGAAGAAGCUGUAAAAAAAGCUUUGACUGAUUUUUUUCCUAGUCUCGAAGAAGGUGAAAUCAUUAAAAUAACGGAAAGAAUAAAAAGAAUAUUGGAUAAAAAGAAUCGUCAUUUGCUAUAUGUUUUCCGUAUGGAUCGUGAUAAAAGUGUAGCAGAAACAAUAUUCAAAGCUAUUUUUACUAUGAAAAAUAAACAAAAUGAAAUGAAUAAGAGUAAUGAACAAAAAGAUAAAAAAAACACUCGAAAUCAACAGUAUGCAGACGAUGAAGAUAGAUUAUUAGAUUUAGCAUCUCAAUGGAACUAUUUUGAUGGUGUUUUAUCAAUAGUAAAAAAAAGACAACCUACUGCAAGCUAUAAUGACGAGAUUAAAGAGAAAGAUAUGGUAUGCUACAAAAAGUUAUUUCGAGACUCAUUGAUAAAAAAUCAUCCAGUUUUUGUUGAAUAUUUUCUUGCUGCUGGUUUUGAUCCAUUUAAACUCCUUCAUACUCCACCUGAUGAACAUGUUGCUGCUAAGCUUAAUCCAUUGAAACACAUUGUUACUCAAAAUGGUGAACAACAACGCCAUACUAUGCUAUUAGAAUUAUAUCAAGCUACUCACGACGAAAUAACUACGAGCAAUCGUAGAUAUAUAAAUGGGUUAUUUGUUUCAUCACGUGUGGAAACAAUAACAACACUUGAUAUAAAGUUAAAUAAAUUUAUUGGUUCAUUUUUUGAAGCAAUUUAUUCAAAAGAAUAUAAUACAUAUACAAAACGUAUUUGUAUUGAUCUGACAAAUCAUGUAUGUAGUUGCUGUAUUACUGCAAUAGAUCUUUCUCCUUCAAAUAGUAAUCGAGUUUCUUCAGAACAUAUUAAUGAUACUCAACCUCAAGAUCAACAAAAUGAAACGAAAAAUUUACUUGAAAAAAAUAAAUUAUUACGUGAUUUAUUUUUAUGGUCUAUAUUCAUGGAUAUGCCCGAAAUGACGAAAAUACUUCUCAUUCAUCAACAAUCUCGUAUAUGUGCUGCUUUAAUAGCUUCAGCUAUAUUUAAACGAUAUUCAAAAUUGUCGUUAACUGUUAAUCUCAAAGAAAAAUUUCAAAUUCAAGCAGAUGACUUUGGAAAAUAUGCAGCCGACUUUAUCAAUGAUUGUUACAAAUAUAAUGAACGAUCAGCAUGUGAAUUACUUCUACGACAAAUACCACUCUUUGGUAAUGUCACAUGCAUGCAGAUUGCUAUUUCAAGCGAAAAUAUUCAACUAGUUGGAACAGCUUGUUUUGAUCAGACACUAACUCAAGUAUGGUACAAUAAAUUAUCUAUCAAAAAUAAUCAAACAACAACAAGACCGUCACAGUUUCUAUCCAUAAUAACUUUUGGACUUUUAGCACCAUGGCUAAUUUCGUACAGGAAAAAGGAAACUAGUAUACAAGAUAUAUUAUUAUCAACAAAAGGUAUCAAUUAUUAUGCUGAUAAGGAACCAACUGAAAAUGAAGAACCAAUUAAAAGUGCAUUGAAAAAAUAUUGGACUCGCUUUCGCUAUUUUCAUGGAAGUCCAUUCAUCAGAAUGUGUUAUGAUUUUAUAAGUUAUAUUUGGUUUUUACUUGUAUUUAGUUAUAUGAUGCUUUAUCAUCUUGAUAGUCCAGAUACAUUAGGAAUUCCACAUUGGACUGAAAUCUAUGUUAUUAUUACAGUAUCAACUAUGUUUUGUGAAGAGAUUCGAAAGCUUACUCAUGAAUAUAAAUAUCGAAUGGUUGAACGAUGGGGUUCAACCGGAUCAACUAUAUUAACAGUUUUAACAAAUAUAUUUUUUAUUGCACCAUAUUUUUUAUUUUAUCUUGGUCUAAUAUUUCGAUAUACUGGUUAUGACGAUAGAAUCUUUACUGCUGGAAGGAUUAUAUGGGCAUUUGAUCUUGAAUUAUGGUACCUUGGUUCGUUGAGAUUUGUUGUAGCUUUAAAAUCUGUAGGACCCAAAUUAUUUAUGCUUAAAAAUAUGCUUCGUGAUCUAGCUGCUUUUUUCUAUAUGAUUUUUAUUGCGGUAGCUGCAUAUGGUGUUGUAUCUCGUGCAUUAAUUCUUUACCAACAAAUUCCAUUUACUGGUAGUGAUAUAUUUAGAUCAAUCUUUUAUGAACCAUACUGGUUUAUAUAUGGAGAUGUAUCUGAUAAAGAUUUACUUGAUCAGAUAAUCAGUAAUGGUACACAAUCACUUGUUGCUGAAGCAACUGCUACACAUGUUUUACUUGCAUUUCAUAUGUUAUUUAUUAAUAUUCUCAUAUUGAAUUUGUUAAUUGCUGUUUUUACUGAUACAAUUGAUAAAGUGAAAGAAAAUACAGAAUUUUAUUGGCGUUCUCAACGUUAUUCAUUUAUUCGUGAAUAUUUUGAACAACCGCCAUGCGCGUAUCCACCAUUGAUCAUAUUUUCACAUAUUGCAUUACUUAUUCAUUAUAUUUACUCAAAAUCAUGCGAUAAAGGAACUGGAGAUAAUGAUCAUACAUCAGAAUCAAUAACAUUGUUACGUAAUUUUAAAAUGAUCGCAGCAGCCGAUACAACAAACGAACGUUGGGAUGCAUUUGAAAAUGCUGCGACUCACGAUUGUGCUCGAUCAAACGUGGAAAAGGCUACAAAGAAUGAUCUUCUGUUAUCUGAAGAUGACCAUUCGCAUAGCACAACUAGCAUGAAUGAAUCUGAGAUGAUGAAAGUAAUUGUUGAUCAACAACGACAGAUGAAUGAAGUAACCAAAUCAUUACAUUGGAUUAUGAAUGCAAUGGUACGAGUAAAAAUGAAUGAUCGUAACGAACCACCGCCUUCAUUGGCAUCAAUAUCUACUGGUGAUAGUGAUAGUAAUAUCCCAAUAUCAAUUCAACCAACAGCAAAUUCUAAUUAA